AUGACGUCCGUGGAAGGCUACUACGAACAGCCCGAGGACUCCAACUGGCUCGAUGCCUUCUCCGGAGACAACGGGAGCAUCGACCCAAGGACACUUGAGAUCCAUCAGGUUGAAGUCCAUCCGGUGGUCAUUACCCACAACAUCACCCACCACCCCUACCAAGCCUCCCGAUCCGAAAAACAACCAUCUCCUCGGUUAUCCCGACGUUCCCGUUCCUCCCUCGACUUACAAACGCUGGGUAUAAUGAAGCUGGAACACGAACCUCCAGUCCCGACAAUCCUCAGCCAGCCGUCUCUUCGUCGACUACAUAGUGUAAUCGCCAAACACACCCCAAGGCAGAGAUUCACAGAUUUCUACUAUGAAGAAGGGGACUCCAGCUCACUAGCCACGACUGUGACUGACUCGGAGUACGAAAACUGUCUGCUCCCAUUCUGUGGGGCUUUACCACAACCGUCCGAGAAAUCCUCUUUCACCGCCACUGCCUCCUCACCAUCGCCCUCUUCGUCUACCGUAAAAGAGCCUCAGUGGUUGCCUCUUGUGGUUGUGCAAGUUGUAUCGAGGAAAGCCCGCAAAGCAUGUCGGGCCUUCAAGAGGAGAUUCUUUCGGGGAUCCUAA